AUGUGCACAAAUACCGCCAGGGCGACCAAACCCACAAGAUUGUGGUCUCGUGUUAUGGAUCGCCUAAUUGCCAAUGAUGCCAAUCACCAAGAGGAGCGUGGAUUAUCCACCGGACCAGCCACUGCUUCCAAUUCAUCCCUCAAUCAGAAUGGAUUCGUUAACAACGGCACCACAGCCGACAUGGAUGACGAUCUGUCCGACAGUGGGAUUGGCAAAGCGGAUGAACUCUCCAAAACAGACAUAUCUAAAAUUCCCCGCAUUCCGGGCGAUGGCGCCCAAGCUGAAGAUGUUCCUGGUGACUUCUGCACCGCCGUGAAACUUCAGACAUCCCCAUUUGAACAAGAUGUGAUAAAACCGGCCAAUGGAACUGAACUUGUGGAUCGACGAGGUGAGCAGAGUGCACCUGAACCUGCCUCGGACGAACCGCCACCCUUCGGCAACGAGACAUACGCCGCCUUCAAGCGUGGCACAGUGAUGAAAGCGUCAAAAAUCUCUCAUCAUAGUGAAUAUAGUCGAUCUCCUGCUCAAGCUCAUCCUUGCCGUGGUCUGGAUCACCCGUCGGUCACCAGACAUUCCCGUGACUGCCCAGGCCAUCACUUGGUCCAUAUGCUGUAUCAUCGCCAAUCUAGGAAUCUGCCUGCUCGGCUGCUGGCGAUGCUUCGCCAACAAUUACCUUCACUGGGCAGCUACUUGCACAUGGCUCCUGCUUAA